CACCUUAACUGUACCUCAGUAAGAUUUUAAGCCUGUUCUCAUCACCUGUGGGAGAGGUGUUGGUUUGAAGGAAUUAUCAAAUCUUUCCCUCUCUGUUUGACACCAUGUCUGCAUUGAAAAUCCUGUGUUGUUUGCUGUUAACGUUUCACCUCUUCGAGGGGAAGAAAAUCAAAGGAAGCAGAGCAGUGGCCAGAGAGCAGAGGGGCGCCCUGAAUGUGAAAGAGCCGUAUGUCAGCAGCUCAGUGUUCAAUCUGUUGAUGGAAGGUGAGGACACCUGCACACUGGACCCUCUGCAGCUGCACACUCUCACCUCCUGUGGUUUCAACAGCAGUAAUCCCCUCAUCAUCAUCACUCACGGGUGGUCGAUGGAUGGUAUGAUGGAGAGCUGGGUGCAGAGGUUAGCCACAAUCAUGAAGACAACGUUAGUAGACGCCAAUGUAGUGACUACCAACUGGCUGUCCCUAGCUCACCAGCACUACCCUAUAGCAGUACAGAGCACCCGCACUGUUGGAAAAGACAUAGCUCACCUGCUGCACACAAUCCAGGAACACUACCAGUACCCACUUAGAAAGGCUCAUUUGAUUGGCUACAGCCUUGGUGCCCACAUCUCUGGAUUUGCUGGAACCUAUCUUGAAGGUUCUGAGAAGAUUGGAAGAAUUACCGGUCUCGAUCCGGCAGGGCCCUUGUUUGAAGGCAUGGCUCCCAUUGAUAGACUGUCUCCUGAUGACGCUGAAUUUGUGGAUGCCAUCCACACAUUCACCCAUGAACGUAUGGGCCUCAGUGUGGGCAUCAAGCAGGCGGUGGGGCAUUAUGACUUUUACCCCAACGGAGGAAACUUUCAACCAGGAUGUGACCUGCAACACAUUUAUGAGCACAUAGCUGAGUAUGGCCUCCUCGGUUUUGAGCAGACAGUGAAAUGUGCUCAUGAGCGAUCAGUCCAUCUCUUCAUGGACUCGCUACUGAAUAACGACAAGCAGAACAUGGCCUACAGGUGCCGUGACAACAAUUCUUUUGACAAAGGUGUCUGCCUGGACUGUCGAAAGAACCGCUGCAACACACUGGGCUAUAAUAUCAAGAAGGUUCGCACCAACACCAGCAAGAGGCUCUACCUUAAAACCCGCUCUCGGAUGCCCUACAAACUCUAUCACUACCAGUUCAGAAUCCAGUUUGUCAACCAGGUGGAGGGGAUUGAGCCCUCCUUUAUUCUCUCUCUCACCGGUACAAAGGAGGAGAGCGGAGAACUCCCCAUCACCUUCUCCGAGCAGAUUUCAGGUAAUAAAACCUACACGUUCCUGAUCACCCUCGACAAAGACUUAGGGGAGAUGAUGAUGCUCAAAUUGCACUGGGAGGGAUUGGCUCUGUGGAAGAACAUGUGGAACCGGGUCCAGACCAUCAUUCCUUGGGGAGGCCAGGAGAGCAAACCACAGCUGACUGUGGGCAAGAUCACCGUCAAAGCAGGCGACACGCAGGAGAGGACAUCUUUCUGUGCCAUGACAAAUGAUGGACAGCAUGUGGAGGUAUCACAGGAUAAAGUGUUUGUGCGCUGCAAAGAGGACACACCAACACAGCGCCGAAAAAAGCACUAAUACAGACUGUGUGAGUUCCUAAUCUGUUCAACAGACUGGAGAUCUCUGAUGGAGGCCUGGAAGUUCACAGCUGGAUGAGAUUCUGUAAACGCCUCAAUGUGAGGUUGUGCAGUUUUAAGGAGGAAAUUAGAAAUGAUUAAUUGUCAUGAAAGACAUGGCACUGAACAAAAAGCCUUAAGAGUUUAAUGGAAAAAUUUAUUCUGGAGACAAAAGGUUAAAAAUUGUAAACUGUGUUUGCAAUAUAAAGAAACAUGUUGACGUUUGAUUAUGUGAGAUUAAUAAACCAAGAACUAGAAAUGUUGUUUUUCUUACUACGACAACACUGUGCAGUUUUAGGAAUGAGCCCAAAUGUGCUGCAUUUGAAACAAAAGCCUUUCAGGGCUAUAAACAGUUGAAAGUUUUCCAAUUCAAAUAUUAACUAUGAACACAAACAUGGAGUUAAAUUACCUUUUGAUAAUGUUAAUUCCAAAGGAUGUAAAUGUGCCUUUUUUAAAAUGUGUGUCCUAAAAAUGUGUGAUCAAUCUUAUCAUUUUUAAAACCUACUUUGGUUUUGCCCAUAACAUGACAUAAAUACACUUGUUAAUCAAACUCAAACCAAAGCAAUAAAUAUACACCCUUUCUUUU